CGACGUCGGUGCAGGAUACGGAGUUGGAUGCAAAUCGUGCAUACCAAUACCGGUACCGUAGCGUCGCAAGGCUGCGUUUCACAAAGGCGCGCGGUGCGUAGUGGCGGGAAGAGGAACAGGAGCUGCGUCCGAGCUUGGAUACGGAAUACCGUCGCAUCUCAAACGAGCAUUCAGGGACCAAGAACUGCAGGUUACGUAGCGGUACCACCAACGGUAUAGUAAUGAUCCCUCAUUCUUCUCAACCUCGCCCGCCAUGAUCUAUUGUACUGUUGCAAGCUUCCUUUAUACCCAUAGUUGGUUGUUGGAAAAUUGCCCAUCAUCUUCUGACCGAAAAUGCCAAAAUUUGGGGUGGAACUCAGGUUUUGGCGUGAACCGCGCUUGCGUGUCAUUCCUCUGGUAGGCACGACGGGCCAGCAUGGUUGCACUAUCCAACCGCCACUGCAUGCGGGAAAACGACCAUGGGAAUCUUUGAUAGAACUGUAGGGCGCGACAAUAAUGUGAUGGCUAUCCAGCAAUGCAGCAACCAAGGGGACUCCAGGACUGAAGUAAAACAAACUCAAGAUCCGGAGGAGACGCCACCAGGAAAGAGGAAAGGGCAUGUCCGUAUCAGGUUCGGGGGCAUUGUGGGUAGACCAUCUCUACUCGAGGGUUGUCGGGUUGGCUUUGACUGGAAAGAAAAUGCGUCCUGUUUCAUCUGCAAUCUUUGUCACCUGACAAACCGAAUAAAAAUCGUCAUGGAUGGUCUACCAUCUUGUUGCGGGAACCGACACAACGAGGAAGUUGACGGUACCAUUUACUCCAUUGAUUCGUUGACAUAUAGCUCCGAGGAAAACCACAACAAGAAUGAAUAUGACAGUAUGGUCGCCAGGGAUCCCAACGAAGCCACGAUGGAGUGCCGGGUGGAUCCCCAAGAAGACAUCGUGUUCAUGUCGAAUGACGGUAUUGACGUGUAUUGCGCUUCCGAUGAUCAUGGCAUUGGCAAGCAUGGAAUGACAUAUGGGGAUCGAUGGCACAGCUACGAUGAAUGUCAGAUGGAAGGAGCGGACAGUGUCGAGGACCAAUCAUUGAAGUUUAAUGAGUUGCAUCUAGGAAGACACUGGUCGUGGUGAUGAAUGGGAGUGAAUGUCAUUGACUCAAACUACUAGAAACAGUCGGUGGAGAUUGAAUCGAAUCUCCUAUUUCGACGGCGACUGCUGUUCUAAAGCGACAACUUGCAUUUGACCUUGAGGGUUGAUUGGGAACCUGCACAGAGUUGCGACAAAACGUUGGUGCGGAUGUACGAGCUAUGUUAUGCGGUACCGGAAGGAUGGCUCGAGUACGGUGACGCUAUAGACAAAUCACGGAUUAUAC